AUGAGUGGCAUCUUGAGGAAGCCACCACAGUAUGGGAGCGGACGCCUCAUGACCGACCUCAUCGAGGAGGAGAGCGCUGACUUCAUGGCUCGGCUGCAUGAGCGCUCCGGGAUCGGCGAGGAGACGAGCGUGCCCAAUUCUUACCGCUAUAUGCCCCCCAAGCGCGGCGUGGAGGCUUCCCGGGAGGAAGCCGAGCUGGUCAUCUUCUCCGCCGUCGACAAGGUGCUGGCAAGGACGACGGUGAAUCCCGAGGACAUCGACACACUCAUCAUCGCCUGUAGCUUCACCACGCUGACACCGGUGUUCGCCGACGUGGUCGUCAACAAGUACAAGCUCCGCGCGGACGUGCAGAGCGUGAACCUGUCCGGGAUGGGGUGCAGCGGGGCGCUCAUCUGCGUCGGCCUCGCCGAGAAACUCCUGCAGGCUGCACCACCAGGGAAGCACAAGCACGUGCUGAUCAUAGCCACCGAGAUCCUGUCGUCGAUGAUGUACCACGGCACCAAGCGCGAGAUGCUUGUGCCCAAUGUGCUCUUCCGCAUGGGCGCCGCCGCCAUGAUCAUGACCAACUCACCGGAACGCGCGCGGUUCCGGCUCGGUCCGAUCGUGCGCACGCUGACCGCUGCCCGGGACAGCGACUACCGAUGCGCAUUCCAGGAGGAGGACGACAAGGGGAUCACGGGCAUCAACCUCUCCAAGGAACUUCCCGUCGUUGCUGCGAACGCGCUCAAGAGUCACAUUGUCACCUUCUGUCCCCGGGCCCUGCCUGCCUCGGAGCUUCUCCGGGUCGCCUUCUCCCUCGUCAAGCAGUACGUGUUCCCGCUCCCGGGCGCGCGUGGGCGUGCGGAGAAGGGCGCGCGGCCGGCCUUCAACAAGGUGUUCCAGCACUUCUGCAUCCACCCGGGCGGGCGCAGGGUGCUCCAGGAGGUGCAGCAUGGCCUCGGCCUCUCUGACCGUGACAUGGAGGCGUCGCACAUGACGCUGCACCGGUUCGGGAACAUGGCCAGCAGCUCGUUGCUGUACGAGCUGGCCUACAUCGAGGCCAAGGGCCGGAUGACCGAGGGUGACCGGGUGUGCAUGAUCUCCUUCAGCCCCGGCAUAGACUGCAGCAGCGUCGUAUGGGAGUGCAUCAACCCGGCGGCGGCAGAUCCCAACGGACCCUGGGCCGCCUGUAUCCACCGCUACCCUGUGCAGGUCAAGACGACCUAAGGCCAGGUUCGCUUCUUUUUAGAGCCUUGGCUUAUGCAUAAUUAAGCUGCAGUGUGCAGUGAAAAUAAGCUCAUGAGAAUAAAGCAUCCACUUCUUUUCUGCUCCUAUCUACUACCUUCGUCUGGAAAUACUUGUCAUCAAAAUGAAUAAAAAAGAUGUAUCUAGACGUAUUUUAAUUCUAGAUACAUCUAUUUUUAUCCAUUUUGAUGACGAGUAUUUUUGGACGGAGGGAGUAUUAGGUGUAAAGUCAGUAGUACUAAUAUCGGUGCACUGUAAUUCUGUUCUCAUUGAAAUAAAUUAUAUUUCCGAA